CUGACUUUAACAUCCUGUCUGACAUACAAGAGAAGAUCAGGACAGAGUCUAAUACACAUUACCACUAUUCUAGCAGAAUGAGAAGAAUUAAGAAAUCAAAAGCUUCAACAAAAUACCUUCAUAUGGUUUUGGUGAUUGUAGCCAUUGUUCUUAAAGUGAUGGAAGUAUCUACAAUAUUAUUCAUAGUCCAAAAACUUCCAUGCAAUACAACUACUGAGGAUUAUGUUCAAAAUUUCCAGGAAGAAACCAAUGAUUUUGAUUUAAAUAUUCCCCAAAAAUACAUAGAUGCAUAUUAUGCAAUCAUAGAUCUGUGUGCUGCAACAGGAAAUGUUUGUGAGCUUUGUCCAUUGGAUUGGGAUGCUUUCAAUGGCAAAUGUUACUUCUUUUCUGAAGACAGAAGUAAUUGGCUUACGGGUUCCAAGAACUGUCUGCUGAGGAAAGCAGAGCUUAUUUCCAUUGAAGAUUCGAAAGAACGGGAUUUCAUUUUAAGGCAUGUUUCUUCGAAGAAUGGACAUUUUUGGAUUGGACUUACGAGAAAUGGUUCAGAUUGGUAUUGGAAAAAAGGUGGAAAGUUUCAAGGAAACAUAUCUGGUUCAUCAGAAGAGCAUCAGUGUGCCAGCUACGGAAAAGAUUUAUCAGCAGAGAACUGCUUUAACCCAAACAAAUGGAUAUGUAAGAAGAAUAUGUCCCGGUAUUGAAUACAUUUUCUAGAUUUAUUUUCAAUCUAAAUUAUGUUUUAUGGAAAAUUGUCUUCGUUGGAUUUGCAGCGUUAAAAGGACUGUAUCGCUUUUAUUUUGUAACUAAAUAAAAGUAUUUCUUAAC